AUGGCCACACACACAGCUCCCGUGCCCGCCGCCGCCGCCCGCUGUUUCGACUUCGACGUGAUAGUCCUGGGCGCCGGCAUCAUGGGUAGCUGCACGGCGCACGCGGCGGUGUCCCGAGGCGCGCGCGUUCUGCUCCUGGAGCGCUUGGACCUGCUGCACGGCCUCGGCUCCUCGCACGGCGAGUCGCGCACCAUCCGCGACGCCUACCCGGACGCGCGGUACCCGCCGAUGGUGCGCCUCGCCAGCCGCCUCUGGGCGGACGCUGAGGCCGAGUCCGGCCGCCGCGUGCUCACCCCGACGCCGCUGCUCUUAAUGGGCCCGCGCAGCAACACCUCGGUCAUCGCCGCCGCCAGAAACGCCGGCACGGAGGAGGUGGACGUGGCCGCGAGGUGGGGAGGCGCGUUCCGGCUCCCGGAUGGGUGGGUUGCCGCGGUGAGCGAGCACGGCUCCGGCGUGCUGCACGCGACCGGGGCUGUCAAGAUGUUCCAGGAUCUCGCCGUCCACAAGGGCGCCGUGGUGAGGGACAACGCGGAGGUCGUCGAAAUCAGGAAGGGACCGGAGGGAGGCGUUGCGGUGAGGACAAGCACCGGCGAGGAGUUCCACGGCGCCAAGUGCGUCGUCACGGUGGGCGCAUGGACCCGCAGGCUCAUCAAGUCCGCUGCCGGUGUGGAGCUCCCGAUCCAGCCGCUGCACACGCUGGUCCUGUACUGGCGCAUCAAGCCCGGCCGCGAGGGAGAGCUGACGGCGGAGGCCGGCUUCCCCACGUUCUCGAGCUACUGCGACCCGCUCUACGUGUACAGUACGCCGUCGCUGGAGCGCCCGGGCAUGAUCAAGAUCAACUAUCACGGCGGACCGCCGUGCGAUCCGGACGACCGGGACUUGGUCUCUGGCGGCGGCGACGUCGUGGAGCGGGUGGCCCGCUGGAUUGACGAGUUCAUGCCUGGACACGUGGAGACCGCCGGCGGGCCGGUGGACCAGCUGCCGUGCAUGUACUCCAUGACGCCGGAUGAGGACUUCGUGAUCGACUUCCUCGGAGGAGAGUUCGGGCAGGAUGUCGUGGUCGGGGCUGGGUUCUCUGGGCAUGGCUUCAAGAUGGGUCCGGCGGUGGGGAUGAUCCUGGCAGAGAUGGCUUUGGACGGCGAGGCGAGGACUGCGGCGGAGGCCGGCGUGGAGCUCGGCCACUUCAGGAUCAAUCGGUUCGAGGGUAACCCCAUGGGGAAUGCCAAGGAUCAGUAA